CAAUGUGAACUAUAAUUACUUAUGGUAUAUUACCAAUACGAGUUACUAGUCUAAUAUUUAUGAUCAAAGUAUUACCAAAAAAAAAUUGUAUAGUCUAAUCUCAUUAGCCGAUUGCAUUAUCUUUGGUUAUAAAUAGUGUUGCUUUAAAGUCUGUCAAUCACCCACAAACAAAAAUAUAAAAAAGAAUACAUAUAUUACAAAUCAUGAAUUUCACAAAGGUUUUAACAUUGCCAUUUUUCCUUUUUAUGAUUUUUGUAGCAAUUAUGAAUGCUAGUGGUACAAAUGCUUUUACUUGUGAAGAAAAAUGUGAGAAUUUUUGUGUCUUCGAUCCUAUUUGUACAUCGCGUUGCAUUGAUAAGACUUGUCAUCCUCCUUCCAUUUCUUCUAAAGCAUUGAUUAAUUGUAAGAUUGCUUGUUCGAUGGAACGUUGCUUCAAAUUUAAACGAGAUGAGGAGCUAAUGAGCAGCUGCCGGAAGGAGUGUUCAACAAAACAUUGCACCUAAUUACAAAGGCGUGUACUACUAUGCUAAUUGUUUAGCAAUAGCAAAUCAGAAAAUAAACUUGAUGAAUGAAAUGUAAUCACGAUUUAUGUUGUUAAUGAGGUACUAUGGUGAAUUCUCCAUCUUUUGAUUUGCAACCUUCAUUUGCAUCUCCUUGUAUCUCCUAAUAA